AUGCUGAUGGGCCCAGUUAUCCUGCUACAGGGCGACAGGAGCGGUGAGGAUGCAAAUGGAGCAAGAGGUACAACUACACAACCGGCAGGAGGAGCAAGUGGUUCGGGUGCCCAGCUUCCCGACGACAUUGAUUUUGACGACGACGAAGACCCGCGGGACAUCCUAGCAAUAUGCAAGCUGGGGGACAAGCUCGGCAUCGCUGCAUAUCGUGAGGCGAUCAACGCCAUCGACAUUCAGGAGAUCCACGCUUUCAACUCGGACAUGGGUGACACCAUGGAAGGCAUCAAGCUGCUCGUACGCCCGCGCCUGAUCCUGACUGACUUGGCCAUGACCACCAAUCCGGCCUUGUUCGACAUAGUGGUGGCUCCGCUUCUUGAAGGGGGUGACCCCAUCGAGUACAAGUAA